AUGCCGCAUGUUCGCGCGGUGGAGUUGGAGGAUCUCGCGCCGACGCUCUCGUCCGCCGAAUGGGCAUCCGGCGCGCUCUACUUCGUCGGCGACGUCGGGGCGACGUACGCGCGCCUCGGUUUCGGCCGCCUCGCGGACGCCGCGGCGGUGGUCGACGUCGUUUUCGUUCGCUUUCCGAUGCGGCGCGGGUCGAUUCGUGAGGUGUUGGAUUUCUUCGCCGGUAUCCUUGCGCGGGUGGAGGGCGUCGGCGGGGUUCUUUCGCGGAUCCGCGCUGGCGUCGUGAGCGUGCCGGGGCCCGUCUCCCGAGGGGGGUUGGCCGGGCCCUUUAACAACCUCGAUGGGCAAAUCGCGUUAAGGGAAUUCCCGCGCGCGCUUUUUCCGUUCUCGCGGGCGGCGUUGUUGAAUGACGUGCAGGCGGGCGCGCAUGGCGUGCUCGCGCUCGGGGAUGCCCUCACGCCGCAUUACGGUCGUUUUUUCACCCGUAUGUGGGGGCCCGAAGGGGCUGAGGAGGAGGCCGAAGCGGAGGCGGACGCGAUGCAGGCCAAUCCACCGAAUCGCCCGCAAAGUGGCGUGGUGGGGGAGGAAACGAUCGGGAAUGGCCCCCGCGCGAAUGACGGGCGGGAUGGAAACGUCCAGGAUGAAAACCGGGCGCCGCGAUCGGUGCUUGGGCGGGGUCCUUGCCUCGUGCUCGCGCCCGGCACCGGUUUAGGCAGCGCGCUCAUUCUCUACCACGAGGCCGCGCACUGCUAUCAGGUGCUCCCCCUCGAGUUCGGCUGCACGGGCGUCUCCGCGCUCGUCAUGCGGGCGGGCGAGGAGCCCGGGAAGCCUUCCUUGACGGGUCUCGCGAAGCGGCUGGGGUGUGCGGCGUGGGAGAUGAAAGUGGAGGAUCUCGUCUGUGGGAGUUCGUUGGUGUAUCAUUACGCCUGCGAGGCGGCGAAGGAUGGACAUGCGCGGCACCCGGCCGAUUCCCCGGAAGCGAUUGCCGAUUUCGCGAAGGCGGGCGAUCCGGCGGCUCGCCGGGCGCUCCUCGCGGUCUACACCCAUCUCUUUCGAUGCUGUAGCAACACGAUCAUGUCGUUUUUGCCGUCGAAUUGCGUGAUCAUCGGGGAUAAUGUGGUGAAGAACCAGUUCCUGCUGAGCGACGCCGCGUGCGAAAAGGCCCUUCAUGACGCCUUGCAUGAACACUCCAUGAGCAAACGAGGUUUUAUGAGCCGAACGACCUUUUUUCGACAGGUGAAGGAUAUUAAUCUGAACUUGCUUGGGUGCCUGGGCUACGGCAUUCAACUUGGAAAUUCUUGGAACAAAAAUCCAAUUUUCGACGAGGUAGAUUCAUAA